AUGGGCCUCCUGUCCAAUUUCUCCAUGGAACAGGCUAAGGAGAUGCUGCAGAGACACCUGGGAAAGAAGAGACGGAAAAAGAAACCACUGGGCCUUCAGGUGUCUGAAGACACCAUGGGACGGAGAGUGAUGCGUAGUGUGGGGGGCUUUGCCCUGGGGAUGACCAUCGCCGCACUGUACGGCGCACUGGUCAUUUUUGUCCAGGGCUACAACAUCUGGUACUGUCUGGUGUCGACCAUCAGCCUAGCGGCCGGCCUCGGAUUCGGCAUGGCCUUCUCAUACAAAGUGCGGGUGACUGUUCUCCUUGUGGUGCCCCAGAUGUUCUCGAGAGAGACCAAAGCCAUCUUGCUGGUCCUGGCGUUUGGCCUCGCCAUGCAGGGACCGUUCGCCAACAUUGUGCGGAACUUCUCGCGAUCGGCCGAGGCCGUGUCGUGCGGUGCCGAGCUCGCUCUCAACCAGACGGCGGAGAUGCUGCAGAGAGCCCGCCAGCCGCUGCUCACUGCAUUACAGAAAAUCAAGGAUAUUGCGAAGAAGGCCAAAGUGGUCGGCGAUCGUGUGCGAAAGCUUUUCCGGUCCGUCAUGGACUCUGUGCGACAUGUUGCUCACUGUCUCCGGAACGUCUGGUACUGGCUGGUGAACUUGGGGGAGAUCUGCAACCACGAACUGGGCACGCCCUACCGCAAAUGCGUCCGCGUCUUUGACAACGCCAAGGAGGAAUGUGAACGGGCGAUCCCCUUCCUUUACCUCUUCUGCUACAUUGUGCUGCUCUUCAAACCUCUCUGUGGCCUGGCGAAUAUCCUCCUGGUAUUCUGCAUCAUCCCGCAAUAUAUCGUGCCGUUCCUUCGCCGCAACGUCGGAGCCCCCAUCUCCAACAUGCUCGGCCGCAUCCGCCGCGAGUUCGAAUUCAACAUCACCACCAUCCACAAUUACGACGUGACUGUCAACGCCAGCAAGAGCCUCUCCCAAGUGGCCUUUGACAUCAUGGAGGACAUUUCCUUGCGCCUGCAGCCAGUGCGGGAGGCCGUGGGGCUUUUCGGCUACAUGUCCACCUUGGCUAUUCUUUACGUCUACGUCAGGGCUCUUCUCUACCGGAAAUGUUACUUGCACGAAGAGAGCUUUGACAAUAUUUACAUCACGCGACAGUUUGUGGAAAUGGAUACGAUGCGGAGGAAGCACCGAAGGCCCACCGUCCUGCCCUUGUCUGCAAAGGAGAGUGCUAAAUACAUCCGCCCAGCCUCGCUCGUGUUGCCCCGCCACGAACGGCUCCGCUACACCCUGGCGUUGGCCUCCAUCUUCCGCCAGCUCAUCAUCGUGGUCCUCCUGAUUGUCGGCGACUACUCCGUCUUCUGGCUCUUUGACCUGGUGCGGUAUCAGCUGCAUGGCGAGAUUGUCGCUAGGGCCCCUGUGACCAUGAGCGUCAGCGUGACCGGGACUGGCUACUCGGGGGAGAUGUACCGGGACAUGGUCUCGGCCUUCGAUGUCUUGCAGCGUGGGAACAUCAGUGUGCUGUCCAAGAAAUGCCACUUGCACCCCUCUGAACCCGAUUACGGCGGCUACAUCGUUAUCGGUGUCAUGUACGGGACCUGCCUAUUCAUCGCCGUCUGUGGCAGCUACGUGCAGCGUCUGAGGCGGGCUGUGUGUGCCUGGUAUUACCCAUCCCGUGAGCAGGAGAGGAUUUGCUACCUCUACAACACCAUCCUGACACGAAGGACAACACUUCUGGGCGCUGUUCUGAAAGCUGUGAGGAGGAACUCGGCGGAUGGAGGUCACACCAACCUCUUCCUCAUCUUGGCAGCUAAGGUACCUGUGCUCAACUGGAUAGUGAAGCGCCUCGGUGUCCACCAGUCUUACUGCCUGGGAUGCGGGAGCGUCCGCAAAGACACAGACAGCGAGGAUUUUGUCACUUGCAGCACGCCGGGUUGCCGAGGCAUCUACUGCCCCAAAUGCUACCAGCUGCUGAACAACGUCUGCUCUGUCUGCAUGGGGCCCCUCACUUUUCAGGGAGAUAUGGAUGAGGAGAUGAAGUUCUACACACCUUUUCAUUCUGUGGCAGAGUGCAAGAUCCCACAGGCUGAGCGGGUGUCACGGAGUGUUCAGAAACAUCCCACCUUCUCAGGGGAAUACCAUCCUCCUCAGCGUGUUGAAAAGGGGGCCAGUUACAUAAGGGAUGCUGAAAAGAUUUUUGAGGGGGAAACCUCACCGGUAGAGGAACUCCAGAACAGAAAGGAGUGCUGCAGGAGGAAGGCCCAGGGGAAGAGUGACUCCAGUGACUCGGAAGCCAUGGACCUGCAGAUGGGGGCCAUCAAGGCACUCCGGGGGGUACCCAGUGAGGAACGGCAGGAGCAGCGGCGGCGGCUGAAGCACCGGAUUAAGCGGGCCGCGAAAGGGCAGGGCGCCGGGCGCCGCUUGCCCCCCGACGUGGCCCAGAAAAUGCUUGACCGGCUGAAGGAGGAAGGAAGCAGCUCCAGCGAGGACAGCGAAGAAAGCAGCGCAGGUGACAGCAGUGCCCCCAGCUCGGGCUCUUCCUCCAGCCUGGAUUUUGCCUACCAAGGUCAGGCAGAGGCGAGCGGCAGUGAGGGACCCACGCCGGAAUCUGAGGAGUUGGAGGAGGUGAAAUCAGAGGCGCCGCCCCUGCAGAAGGAGGUGAAAUCAGAGGCGCCACCCCUGCAGAAGGAGGUGAAAUCAGAGGCGCCACCCCUGCAGGAGGAGCUGAAAUCAGAAGCGCCACCCCUGCAGGAGGAGCUGAAAUCAGAGGCACCACCCCUGCAGAAGGAAGCCAAAUCUGACGAAAGACCCCGGCAGGAGGAGAACAAGGAAGAGAAAUCUGACAGGGGUCCCAAGCAAGAAAUGGAAGAAAGACAACCAAGGGGCCCAGUCGGUGCUAAAUUCUUGGUCAAGAAGGGUAUGCCCGCAGGCGUUGCAAGGACAUUGGGGCAGAGGCCCACACGCGAAGUGGCAUUUCCCCCACUCCCAACCCCUUGGGGUGAAUUAAGGGUGGCGGAGAAUCUGGCCAGGUGCAGUGUGCGAGAGACCCACCAGGGGGCAGCAGGAGCCCAGCCUGACACAGCCCCGGCCUUGGCCGUGCCAAAGAACAAGGUGCAGCAGCAACGGCCCCGGGCACGGCCUGUUACUCCAGUCAGGACAGGGACUGCCCUGGGUGGGGAGAACGCCUCCGCCCCCCGCCCCCCGCCCCCCAGCCUGACACCAGGAAGUAGGGACCCCCGUUCUGCCCUUACACAACUGCUUUUUUCCCCAAUCCUGAGUACACACAUUCUUCGUAUGUUUGUUCCCACUCCACCUCGUCCCAUGUUGGGGAUCACUUUGGUUCAGAAUUACCUCUCCCCGCUCCCCUUAGAGGCCGAUAAAGGCACGGAGGCAGCCCAACCGGGGGAGAGGGUAGGGCAUAGUGCAUCCCGUUGCCGUAGCAACAGCUUGGUACCAUGA